GGCCGUUAAUACAGGCCUACACUAGGCCACGCCUUUUAGCUACUUUUCUCCUUCAAUACGCGCGAUCUCCUUCUACGAGCUUAAAGCCGAGAAUUGGGACGUUACUGCGCCGUCAAUUAACAGAAAGACAAGCGUGUCGAAGUGAGGAGGAGGCAGAGGAUGGGAAGAGGCGCGCAUGGAGGAGGAAGGGCGGCGGUGCCGGGGUGGCUGGGGAGGCUGGUGGAGGAGAGCUUCUUCGUCGGGUGCGGGGCCCACGAGAGCCGCAAGAAGAACGAGAAGAACAUCUUCUGCCUCGAUUGCUGCUCCAGCAUCUGCCCCCACUGCGCCCCUGCGCACUCCAGCCACCCUCUUCUCCAGGUGAGACGGUAUGUGUACAACGAUGUGGUUCGAUUGGAUGAUCUCGAGAAGCUUAUAGACUGUUCUUUUGUGCAGCCCUACACCAUCAACAGUGCCAAAGUGGUGUUUCUGAAGCCAAGGCCUCAGUCUCGGCCUUCCAAAGGCUCAGGAAACAUUUGCCCGAGCUGCGACAGAAUCCUUCAGGAGCCCUUCCACUUUUGCUCCCUCUCCUGCAAGGUAGAGCACGUGGUGUCUCGAGGAGAGGACUUGUCGAGCAUACUACUCCGGUUCAACGCGUCGGAUUUCGCCUUCUCCCACUUCGAGGACGUCGGCGACGGCCAGUUCACGCCGAACUCGAUCCUGGAAGACCCUGCGCCGCAGUACAACGGCAGCGAGUCCGGCGGCGACGGCGGCGGCGGGUUCUUCCCCCAGAUUAACGUGCUGUCGUUGAGCAGCAGGAGGAAGGGAGCUCCUCACCGGUCUCCCCUCUCCUAAUGCAAGGCCAUCAGGCACCACCGCUAGCUGCUAUCUUAAUAAGUAGCUAAUCAAUUUGUUUGCGUCUAA